AUGGAGGAACUGGCCCGCGAGAGCAUCAACCUGCUGGCCCGGUCUUCGUCUCACGCGGACCCGCCGCGGCUCGGCUCGCUCGGCGCGGUGUUCAUCAUGCUGAAGUCUGCGCUCGGAGCCGGACUGCUCAACUUCCCCUGGGCUUUCCAGAAGGCGGGGGGAGUGACUAGUGCCGUCAGUGUGGAGCUGGUUUCGCUGGUCUUCCUCAUCAGUGGUUUGGUCAUCCUGGGCUAUGCCUCAUCAGUCAGCAGACAGAAGACGUAUCAGGAUGUGGUGAGAGAGGUGUGUGGAGGAGCUGUGGGUCAACUCUGUGAAGUCUGUUUCUGCUUCAACCUCUUCAUGAUAUGUGUCGCCUUCCUGGUGGUGGUUCAGGACCAGCUGGAGAAAUUGAGUCUUUCUUUGUAUGAGACGGUGACUGGGUCCAGUGAGGGAGAGAUGCCGUAUCACUGGUACUCCGACCAACGGUUUGCACUCUUCAUCAUGUGCCUCUUCAUCAUCUUACCCUUGUCCAUCCCAAAAGAAAUUGGCAUCCAGAAAUACACGAGUGUGUUGGGAACGCUGGCUGCUACGUAUCUGUGUGUGGCAGUGAUUGUCAAAUAUUACAUGAUGGACAGCCACACUGUUAUAAUAACUCCAGAGCACAGCCAAGGUCUGAGUUCAUGGGCUUCAAUGUUCAGUGUCGUGCCGACCAUCUGCUUUGGCUUCCAGUGCCAUGAAGCCUGUAUUACGAUCUACAGCAGCAUGGAGAACCAGAACCUCUUCCACUGGGUGAUCAUCUCUGUGGUCUCCAUGAUUUUCUGUUUACUCAUCUACACUCUAACCGGUGUGUACGGCUUCAUGACGUUUGGACGAGCGGUUGCCUCUGAUAUUUUGAUGUCAUAUCCAGGAAAUGAUGUGGUCAUGAUCAUCUCCAGACUACUUUUUGGAAUAUCAAUCGUCACCAUCUAUCCUAUUAUUCUUCUUCUGGGGAGAUCUGUCAUCCUGAACCUGAUGCUGCGUAUUCAAAGAAAUCAUCGGGGAAUCAUCACUCAUUCGUUUGAGAGUCGCUGCAGAGUAGUUCUCACUGUGAUCUGGAUCACCAUCACUCUCCUCAUCGCCAUGUUCGUCCCCGACAUGGGGGAGGUCAUCAGUGUCAUCGGAGGAAUCAGCGCCUUCUUCAUCUUUGUUUUUCCUGGUCUUUGCUUAUUGUUCACAAUGCAAACUGAAUCUGUCACUCCAAGAGUCAGGGUUAUUUUAUCGGUUUGGGGAGUCAUAACCGUUGUAGUUGGAGUCUUCAUCUUUGGACAGAGCACCACCAUCGCUGUCAUGGAGCUUUGCAACAAAUUCUGA